UUCAACAUUCGUCCACAACGGCCAUUCGCGGGACAGAGGCGCCAAACUCGAAUAUGUUACAGAUUUACUAAACGAAUCGGUGCUGUUCAAUCAUUUUUGUGCAUACUUUCGGAGAAUAUGAAACAACGAUGACGGAGAUACUAUUCAACAAGAGGUUACAAGUGCAAAUUAAAUGUAAAGACAGCGACGACAGGCGUUCUACUAUCCGAUUAUCUGUUGAGCUCCAGUUUACUUCUAAUCCGAUUCCAAAAAGGGAGCUGCUGGUACGCCUGACUGAUGAUGCGGACCUUUUCUUCCUCUACAACCUCUCCAUCUCAGAAGAGGACUUCCAGAGUCUGAAGGUACAGCAGGGGCUGUUGGUGGAUUUCUCUUCGUUCCCCCAGAGAUUUACAGAGCUACUGCAGCAGUGUCUUACUGAACAGGACAAGGACAACCCCAGGUUCCUGCUGCAGCUGCUGUGUGCGUCCUCAUUGGACCAUGGGCCCGCCAGUCUUAACGUGGUGGAGACCAACCCCUUCAAGCACCUCACUCACCUGUCACUCAAACUGCUGCACGGCAACGACACGCAGAUCAAGACCUUCCUGGCAAACUGCUUAUCAACCAUGAAGGAGGAGAAGCUGCAGCUGGAGCAGAAGCUAAAGAAGACUGAAGAGGAUCUCAGCAGACAGCUCAGCUUCACACAACAGACUCUGGCAGAGAAGAGCAGAGAGCUGGACAAGCUGCGAUCGGAAUGGAGCACACACACCACCUCUCUCACCACGCGACACACACACGACCUCAGCGCAGAGAGGGAGAAGGCUCUUGAGGCCCAGGCGCGUCUGUGUGAGCAGAAGGAAGCGUUGCGUGCAGAGCUGGAGAGCGCCCACCAGAGGAGCAGCGAGGCGUUGCAGUCCCGCCUCUCCCAGCUGGAGACAGCCAAUCGGGAGCUGACCGACAAAAAGUACAGACAUGAGGCCACGCUGCGCGAACUCAAGGCCAAACUGGCCACCGCCGAGGAGGAGUGUGUGCGAGUGCAUCAGCAGGUGUGUGUGUUACGGAGCGAGAACAGCGCGCUGGAUGAGGAGUGUCACUCUAAGGAGCGUCAGCUGAGUCAGACACACACUCGCCUGGCCGUCCUGGAGCAGGAGACCAGAGACAAGGACACACUCCUCACACACACGCGCGACGCACUGGAGGCCGCCCAGCAGCAGAAGGUGUCGGUGGAGGGCAAUGCGGAGAGUAAGCAACAUCAGAUUGACAAGCUGGAGACCACAGUCAAGUCCCUGUCUGAGGAACUCAUUAAGGCCAACAGCAUCAUCAAGCGUCUCCAUGGUGACGUGAAGGCCCUGAUGGCCAAGAUGAAGGUGAAGAACAGCGUCAUGGUGUCUCAGGAGAAACACCUGCAGGAGACGCAAGACAAACUCACGCACACACAGACGCAGCUCUCACACUCGCAGACGCAGCUGCAGCAGCGGGACCAAGAGGUGUUUAAGUUGAAAGAGCAGUUGGAGGCGACGGUGCAGAAGUUGGAUGAGAGCAGAGAGGUGCUGAAAACCAACGAGAACGUGAUCACAUGGCUAAAUAAGCAGCUGAAUGAGAACCAGUUGUCACGGCGACAAGAGGGAGGGGGCGUGUUCGAGACGCCUCCAGGCCAAUCGGGAAUGGCCGGGCGGCGAGUAGGCGGAGCCCCCAGUAACCCGUGUGACAGUAGGGGUUUUCCUCUCUCCUCUGUGGGUGUGUAUUCCUCUUCGUCGCCUGCUCUUGGCUACCCCAUCACCUCCACCCUCAACAACCCCCCGUCCGGAGCACACACGCACCCCCCCUUCAAGGUCCAGUUUAACCCCAUGGGUGCCAGAUCUGCCCUGUCCCCUGUGGAGCGAAGCCCUCCAGUCACACACACGCACCUCGCCAACAAGGAGAAUGGCGAGCCGGUGGGUCUGGAUCCCAAGUACCUGGAGAGACGUGAUGACAGCAUCCCACUUAGAGGCCUACUGAACACCAUGAACAUAAACACAGACAUUUCCAAGCCGUCAGGCAGUAAGGCCAAGCCUGGAGGGGGCCAGACAGUUCCCUCUGCCUACUUCCCUGGAUGACGCCUAUAGAACAACCCCCACCCCUUCCUGUGUGUGUGUGUGUGUGUGUGUGUGUGUGUGUGUGUGUGUGUGUGUGUGUGUGUGUGUGUGUGUGUGUGUGUGUGUGUGUGUGUGUGUGUGUGUGUGUGCAUGCGCACGCGCGCACGUGUGCCCUCCACUUACAUUCCCGGACAACAAACACCUCUUUACCCCACAAAACCGAGCCACGUUUACACUGUGCGUGUGUAUGUGCGGGCGUGCGGGGCCGUGUGUGUGCAUGCCUGCCUGCCGAGUGUCAGGUCACACACAGCCAUGGUGCUUUAAUAUGAACAAAAGCCACAUUUCCUUUCCUUACAUGUUUGAUGUGUUUGUUAUUUAUUCAACUGUGUUUUUUUUUUUAUCCCUGAAAUCAUUUGCCAUCAAAUCAGUUUGCAAGAAUGAUUGAUUUUAGAUUUUUUUUUUUGGCUUAACAGAAUUCAUCAAUGCGUGAGUGUGAAUAUCCCUGUAAUCUGAGGUGUGUGUGUGUGUGUGUUUGUGUGUAAAUAUGUAUUUAGCCAACAAGGCAAACUUAUUAGAAUAUUGUUUGUAUAUAUGUGUAUGUUUUGACCUUUUAUACAGUUGAGUGUGAAUAAACCAAAUGUCCAACCAGA